AUGUCGGUGCUGGAGGAGUACGAGCGGGCGCCCAAGCGGCUGAAAGUGUGCUCUGAGGAGCUGGAGGACGGAGAGGAGUCCGACUCAGCAUCCGCCGAGGAGGAGCAGCGCUGGAGCUCCGCAGCCGAGAGGAAGGUACAGUUCUGUCCCAUGAAAAGGUCCUGCCCCAGUGACCAGGGUGCGCACUGCCCGCUCCUCCCCCUGCCCAGCAGCAGUAGCGGUGGCGUCAGCAGCAGGUAUAAGCGGUGUGCAGUGGAUGUUGGUGAGGUGGUGUCGUACCCGCUGCCGCAGUCGUCCUCAUACACACCUCACUGCAGCUCGGUGGCGAUGGUCAGCGGCCUGCACUCCGCCAGCAUGAACUGCACACGCAUCUUCAACCUCUUCUGUCUCUACGGCAACAUCGAGAAGGUGAAGUUCAUGAAGAGUGUUCCGGGUACAGCGCUGGUGGAGAUGGGGGAUGAGUACGCAGUGGACAGAGCGAUAACACACCUCAACAGCAUCAAAGUGUUCGGAAAACGCCUCAACGUCUGUGUGUCGAAGCAGCACGCAGUGAUCCCCAGUCAGGUGUUUGAGCUAGAGGACGGCUCCAGCAGCUAUAAGGACUUCGCCAUGACCAGAAACAACCGCUUCAGCAGCGCCGGACAGGCCUCCAAAAACAUCAUCCAGCCCCCGUCCUGUGUGCUGCACUUCUACAACGUCCCCCCCAGCAUCAUGGAGGAGGACCUGCAGCGGUUGUGUUCAGAUCAUGAUGUCCCAGGAUUCAUCAAAUACAAAGUGUUUGACGCCAAACCCAGCUCAAAGACCAUCUCCGGUUUGCUGGAGUUCGACAGUAAAACUCACGCUGUGGAGGUGCUGACGGUACUCAACCACUAUCAGAUCCGGAUACCCAAUGGAUCAAACCCGUACACACUGAAGCUGUGCUUCUCUACGUCCUCACAUCUCUGAACACACACACACCAUACACAUACAGAAAACACACACUCAAACAUUCUGUUUCUCAUACACACACACACACACACACACGCACUCAUUCAUUCUCUGUCUCUCAUAUAGACCUUUUUCAUUGAACACAAUAUAACCAAUGACGCUUUGCGUGUGUGUGUGUGUGUGUGUGUAAGGAGGAUGCUGUGACCUUGCGCUCGUCAGCUGAUGUAUGUGAACUCUAUUUGAUUAGUUUGAACAUCUGUGAACUGAUGCUGCUGUCGAUCAGCGCCCCCUGCUGGACUGAUCAUAGAACACAUGCAGAUCUAACAGGAUGAAAACACAGCUGAGAGUCAUUCAUAGAUAUAUACACUAGAUACACACCCUGAGCAUGCGUCAUUAGCGCCGCCAUAUUGGUACAGGGCUCCCAGGACAGAGUCAUUCAGCCGCACUAGUCAAGACUAAAGCCAGUGUGAAGAUGCUGGACUGUAGCGCUGUGUACAGGUGUAGUAAUGAGAGAACACAGAACACACAGCACAGAGGCAGAACACUUCACAGGGAAGAUAAGAGCGCCUGAUAAUAACAGUGCUGCACCUCAGUGUGCACAUUACUGAAGAGUACAAGUGUUAGACAGCAUGUAGAUCAGACACUGAGACGCAGGGAGUCGCUCACAUGAGUCGUUCAUCACGGAGAUUCAUUCACAAGUGAAUCACUCCCUCUGUUAGAAUGAGCAGUGACAGCAGGAGAGGAGGGGGGGUUCAGCACAUGGUUUAGACCAAAUUUAACAGGGAGGGAGGAUAAUACAUUUACACACACACACACACACACACACACACACACACGCACACACACACACACACACACACACACACACACACACGCUGUAUUUCAGCACCUGAUCUGACGGCAGACACUGAUAUACGAGUGUUUUCCUCAUCAGACAGAAGCAGAAACACCUUCAACACACUUCUAACAUCCUCCAGAGUCAGAGCUGUGCAUCACACACACUCCGUCAGCCACACACAGCUCUCCUCCUCUCUGAGGUGUGUCCAGAAGCAGCAGCUGAGGAACACACACAUGCUCUCGCUCAUCACAACUCCUCUCAACCGAUGUCUUGAGAUCCUGCCGGAAGACACUCGCUCAUCGCUAUGGCAACCUCCAUGCAGCAAUGAUGAAAAAGGUCUACACACACACACACACACGCACACACACACACACACACACACACACACGCACACACACACACACACACACACGUGAUCAUCUGAGAUCUAACAUUCCUUCAGUUCUACUCAUCUCUACGUUUUUAUCUGUAAAUAUGAUCACACACACACACACACACACACACUCACACACACACGCACACACACACACACACACACACACACGUGAUCAUCUGAGAUCUGACAUUCCUUCAGUUCUACUCAUCUCUACGUUUUUAUCUGUAAAUAUGAUCACACACACAAACACACACACACGCACGCACACACACACACACACACACACACACACACACACACACACACACACACACACACACAUACACUAGAUGUAAAAUAUGAUGAUGUCACUCCAAGAACAGGAAGUGCCAGCAAAUGACUGACAGGCUGAUUUUCUUCUUUAGUGCACUGGUGGACUAUUGAGUGCCCUUAACAGACAGCAGACUGAAGACUGUGUUAUUUAUGUGUACAGCAGCUGCUUAACUAGAGACUGGGUUAACUAGUCGGAGUGUGUGUGUGUGUGUGUGUGUGUGUGUGGGUCAUUGAAGACGGUGAUUAAAGCGCUUCUCUCAUCUCUGGGAGCCGUCUUCAUUCAGUGAGCACUAGGUAGUGUACAUCUUUAAUCUGCUCUUACUAGUGGACGUGCAGCUCAUGGUCUGUCUGUACUGUAUCAUACUGUAAUAUGAUGUUAUUGAUGGUUAUUGAUCUGAUCAGUGUUUGGUCGCGUCUCAUUGGUGUUUCUUUGGCUUCAUUUGAAUAUUCAUGAGGAGAGAUUUGCAUAAUCAUCAACAUAGCGUACGUGUUCAGACUGUAAAUAACAUGAUGAACUGUGUGUAGACUGAUCACAGGGCAAUAAAUGACGACACACUGAACAACAAUACACUGA